UUCCUCACCUGUAUAUACUCGUUGACAUCAUGCUGCAAACAAAACGAAGAAUAAAAUAAGACGCAACAGUCAAUGCAGUCAAUAAGGCAUGAAGCAAUAACAACAACAUUCCAGAGAGCACGCAUAUUUUUGAGCAGGAUUCGUUUUUUACUGAUGCAAGAUAUUCGAUAGAACACCAACGAUGCCGUCUGCUGAGCCACAGGUAAAAGCUAAUGACCAGCAACAAUCGACAGCAAGCGAAGAGCAAUCUUCACAACACCAGAACGGCCAGAGCUCGAACGGUACACUGCCAUCUUCGUUGCAAUCAGACGGAGAUCAAGCCACACUCGAUCCUGAUCGUCAGCUUAUACCGGCGGAUCGUAUCGAGCAUGCCGAGGAUUCUGUCGUCCCAGUGGAUCUACCGACCGUACGUGAGUUUACACAGAACGAUAAGAUCAAUAAGUUUCUGCUGAACUCGUUUCUGCAGAGAAUCAAUGAAAGCGACCUAGGCCAGUUUCGGGACAGCGAUGAAGUCGAUGAUGGCGAUCAGGAGCAGGAUUUUGAGGCCUGAUUGAGCCGUUUCGGUUGAUUGACUAUUUUUUUCUGAUUGCGUGUUUGCUGUAUGUGUGCGUGUGUGUGUGUAUGAUACGAAACAUUCAUUUGUAUCCGGAAGGUGUGACAGCAAUAAACAUCUCCGAUGUGGAAAAGUUAUCACUGCAAGUGUAUUUUGAUGACUUAAUGCAUAGCCAAAUGCAGACCUAUCGCACCAAUGCAAAUUUGUACGACAUCUUAUCAGAUAUUUACGUGACGAUUUGCGGGAGAAGAGUGGGGAGUGAUUUAUUAAAACUGAUUUGAAUCACAUUUUCAGCUGCAGGAAAUUAGUUUUGCCUUGUAGACAACCGACAAACUAAGCAAUGUAUGGCCAUUGGAUGUGAUAAAAUGAGGUCGUAGGUUCUAUAAUCUCAAGGAACAUUGUUUUAUAAUCGAUACGGUUUUGGAAAUAUUUACAAAACAAAAGCAGAAAUAUGAUGUAAAUAGAUUUAACAUUAGGUUACGCUGAAUAAAUGUGUGAACAAUUUUA